GUUCUCUGUGUGAUUUUCUAGGGUGUAAGGAGUCCAUAUCUUCAACUGUCUUCAAUGCAAGAGGGAGAAUAUAAGUUCCAGCUGACAGUAACGGAUUUGGCAAAUCAGAAGUCAACAACUGAAGUCACAGUAACAGUCUGGCCUGGGCAAAACAAGCCUCCAGCAGCCGUGACUGGCCCUGAUAAAAUGUUGACCUAUCCUAUCCGGAGCACUAAUCUCGAUGGGAGCAUGAGCACUGAUGACUUAGGGAUUGUUUACUAUCACUGGGAGAAUAUCAGUGGGCCAAGUUCUUUGCGUAUGGAGAAUGCUGAUAGCGCAGUGGCAACUGUCUCAGAUCUACAGAUUGGAACCUAUCAUUUCAGACUGACAGUCGAAGAUGAUCAAGGGCUGAGCAGCACCGCCAUACUUUCUGUGAUUGUUCAGGAGGGCAGCAACUCUCCGCCAAAGGCCCUUGCAGGGGGCAAACAUAUCCUUGUUCUCCCCAAUAACUCUAUUGCUUUGGAUGGGUCCCACUCUGUCGAUGACCAAGGAAUUGUGUCUUAUCUUUGGAUCCGGGUACCGGUCUCAGGAGAUGCAAUUCUUGGCUCCAACCGUGAGGCUGUCUUACAGCUAACUAAUCUUGUAGAGGGGAACUACAUGUUUCACUUGAAAGUCACUGAUGCCAAAGGAGAGUCAGAUAUUGACACGGCUGUUGUGGAAGUAUGGCCUGACCCAAAGAAAAAUGGGCUUGUGGAAUUGAUCUUGCAAGUUGAAGUUGGUCAACUAACUGAACAACAGAAAGAUACCCUCAUGCAACAGGUAGCAGCACUCCUGGAUGUCGUACAAACAGACAUUAAUAUCCGGAAGAUACAUGCUUAUUCUGAUAUCAGCACUGCUGUUGUGUUCUAUGUUCAGAAUGGGCAUCCCUACAAAAUCAUAAAGGCUUCAGAUGUUGCCCAAGUGCUGCGUUUGCAACUCUUGAAGGAAAAGCCAAAUUUUCUACUUUUUAAAGUGCUUCGUGUUGACACAGCUGCUUGCCUCUUAAAAUGUUCCGGACAUGGAAGCUGUGACCCCAUCACAAAGCAUUGUAUUUGCUAUCAAAUGUGGAUGGAAAAUUUGAUACAGCGAUACCUAAGCGGUGGGGAGAGCAAUUGUGAAUGGAGUAUACUCUACGUAUCAGCAUCUGCUUUCAUCGUAAUUGCAUUGGUGGUAGGGUUAAUUUGGCUUUGCAUCUGCUGUUGCAAAAGCCAAAAGAGGACCAAAAUAAGAAAGAAAAUGAAAUAUACAAUUUUGGACAACAUAGAUGAUCAGGAAAGAAUGGAGCUCAGGCCCAAAUACGGUAUCAAACACAGAAGUACUGAACAUAAUUCCAGUUUGAUGGUUUCAGAGUCUGAGUUUGAGAGCGACCAGGAUACCAUAUUUAGCAGAGAGAAGGUUGAAAGGGAAAACUCCAGAAACAUGAUGAAUAGUGACAUGAAAAAUGGGAUCUCCUUCAGCUACAGCUCAAAGGAUAGAUAAAUGGAUGCACGGCUUUCUUAGGAAAAUGGUUACUUCAGGGCACUGAAGCCUGGACAGUUCUCUAUUUUCCUAAAGUACCAAAGAAGCAGACAAACUCAUAAAUUUCCAGCAUGGCAAAGGAGAGGGGAAUACCAUCGAUAUUUUGCUGUUUUUCAAGCAGUCUUUUUAAGCCACGUUUUUUUAAAGCCUGUUUAUCAGAGGUGGCAUUUACCUCAUGUCUCAUGGACUUCUAAAAAUUUACUAUUAAAAUCUUAACCAAGGCUUCUAUGUUACAAGAUCAUAGAGGAAAACCUCCUUAUAUUAGUCUUCUUAGAACAGAGUGAACUUGUCUGUAUAGGAAGCCACUUCUAUCAAUAUGAAAACUUAUCAGAGUUAUUAAAACUGACAUGUAGACAAAACAGUUCUCUUAACUUUCAUUUGCUCAAUAAAUGAGAGUGUAUGAGUGUGGGGAUGAAUAGGGAUCAAGUUAUAUAUCUGCUAAACUCUGCUUUGAGAAUAUCGUGCUGUUAAACAUAAAUCGUGUUUAGAUUUAUGACAGGAUGAGUCAUAAAACAUACAACUACUGAUUAGCAGUAAUAGUGCAAUAUAAGGUGAAUAUAUGGAAGGAAUAUACGUUCAGAUAUGAAUAUGUUUUGGAGGGAAUAAAAACUGACUCCGUGCAAAACCUUGCUUUUUGCCAAUCUGUGUGGGAGUGAGCACAAGGCUUGCUUUUCUUCCUGUUGGAUGCAGCCAUUGGAAAACCCGUGGCAAGCUAUGUGUGGCAUAAUCCUCUCGACUGUCUCCCAUCUUCAGGAUCCUCUUUUAGAAAGCUAGAUCUAGGAUUAAAGAUUGCUUUGGCUGUUCAGAAAAAUAAGUACCAUUUCAUACAAGGAUCUUUCCAGGAUAACUUGGAUGAGAGCUGUUACUCAGACCUGCACUUUAUUCUACCUAGAGGCUCAGUAAAAUAUAGUUGGGAUAAUAAUCUAGUAUUUUCCUUAGUGGUUACCAUAAAAAAGCUCAAACUUUUAAAAUUUUGAAUUAGCUGUUGAAUAAUUUCUUAGGGAUUGUAUCGUGUCAUCUAAACUAAUCUAAAUGUGUGUGAAAUUAUUUUGCAGGACAUAAAUAGGAUGAUUAUAUAUAUGAAGCCAAUAGUGGAUAUAUAUGCAUGUACAUUCUGUACAUAAACAAGGUUACAAAUGAGAUGUUUUAUUGGAUAUGAACAAUGAUGAAUGGAAAAGAAUCUUAAUGCAUCUAUUGGCCAAUAAAACCACACACAUCUCAAGCAAAAAAAAGGAGAUCAAGCUAUUUACACGAUUAAGUGAUCACAGAUGUUAUGUGUAACCUCAAUUUCCUCAAAAUCUAGAUCAGCUAUAGGAGCUUUCACAUCUACUAAACUUUGUUCAAGUAGAAGGCUUAUGGAAACUACUUUACCAUCAACAUCUAUUCUAAUAAAGUGUAUC